AUGCAGCCGCUCCUGCUCCCACUGCUGCUGGCCUGUUUGCUGCCACCCAGAACAGAGGCAGGAGAGAUCAUCGGGGGACAUGAGGCCAUUCCCCACUCCAGACCCUACAUGGCAUUUCUACGGAUAUCGGUUCAGAACUCUGAGAGCUGGUUUGGUGAGAAAUUGCCAUUUAAGACCAAUAAGUGUGGAGGUUUCCUGGUCCGAGAGGACUUCGUGCUGACAGCCGCUCACUGUAACGGGAGGGCAAUCACGGUCAUCCUCGGGGCCCACGACAUCUCCAAGAAGGAGAGGACCCAGCAGGUCAUCCCUGUGAAGAGAGCCAUCCCCCACCCAGACUACAAUAAUAAGACCUUCGCCAAUGACAUCAUGUUGCUGCAGCUGCAGAGGAAGGCCAAGAAAAACCCAGCUGUGAAGCCCCUCAGUCUGCCCAGGCGCAGCGACCAGCUGAAGCCAGGGCAGGUGUGCAGUGUGGCCGGCUGGGGGAAAAACCAGCAGAGGAUAUUGCCAGACACGCUGCAGGAGGUCAAUCUAACCAUCCAGGCAGAUGAAACGUGCAAGCAACUUUAUUCAAAAUAUGAAAUCACCAGUCAGCUGUGUGCUGGGGACCCAAAGAAAAAUAGGGCUUCCUUUCAGGGGGACUCUGGGGGGCCCUUGGUGUGUAAGAAGAAGGCAAUGGGCAUCGUCGCCUAUGGCUUUAGUAAUGGGAAACCGCCACGUGUCUACACCAAAGUCUCAAAAUUCCUGCCCUGGAUAAAGGAAACCAUGAGGAGCCUGAAUCUGUAGGCACCAGCCUCAUCUCACGCUG